CCUCUCAGCCCCAGGUCCUCCUAGUUUCAGGCCAUCCAACUAUUCAUUCCGGUGUCUGUCCUCUGUCCUACGGUCUGGCUUUCCCCAAGGUGCCAUCUCCUGUGGCCAUGCCCAUUGCCUUCAUCCUCUGGCUUCUCCUUAGCCAGGCCACCUCAGAUCCAUGCUAUGAUCCAGGAGGGCGCCCUCGCUUUUGCCUCCCACCAGUGACCCGGCUGGCUGGCAGGGCAGCAGCCCCCUGCCCUCAGACCUGUGCUCUCCCUGCAGCCAGCCCUGGCUCUCCCUGCAACGGUAGUCUGACCCUGGACCUGGAUGGCCCCUUCCUCUUGACAUCUGUCACCCUGCGAUUCUGCACCCCGGGGCCUCCAGCCCUGGUUAUUUCUGCUGCCUGGGCCCCUGGAGGCCCCUGGAGGCCACUAUGGCGCAGGCCUGCCUGGCCUGGAGCUCUGGGGGGCCCCAAGAGGGUAACCUUUCGCUCCCCACCAGGCCCCAAGGCCAAGAUCAUGGUCAGCCACCUCCGUGUGGAGUUUGGGGCCCAGGCAGGGCUGGCGACCACUGGGGUAAGAGGCCGCUGCCAAUGCCAUGGCCAUGCGGCCCGCUGUGCUGCCCAGGCCCAGCCCCCACGCUGCCGCUGCCGCCACCACACUACUGGCCCAGGAUGCGAGAGCUGCCGUCCAUCCCAUCGAGACUGGCCCUGGCGGCCUGCCACACCCCAGCACCCUCACGCUUGCUUGCCCUGCUCCUGCAACCAGCAUGCCCGACGCUGCCGAUUCAACUCCGAGCUAUUCAGGUUGUCAGGUGGCCGUAGUGGGGGUGUGUGUGAGCGGUGCCGCCACCACACAGCUGGGCGGCACUGUCACUACUGCCAGCCAGGGUUCUGGAGGGACCCAAGCCAGCCCAUCACUAGUCACAAGGCAUGCAGGGCCUGCCAGUGCCACCCAAUUGGAGCAACGGGAGGGAUGUGCAACCAGACCAGUGGCCAGUGCUCUUGCAAGUUAGGGGUCACAGGCCUGACAUGCAGUCACUGUGGUCCUGGGUACCAGCAGAGUCGCUCACCCAGGAUGCCCUGCCAACGAAUUCUGGAGGCAACAACUGCCCUUGCUACUACCCCUAUUGCGUCUCGGUCUGACCCACAGUGUCAAAACUACUGCAAUGUUUCGGACACCAGCGUGCACAUGAGCCUUCAGAGAUACUGCCAGCAGGAUUACGUUCUGCACGCACAGGUUUCAGCGUCGGAGGCGGUGGGUCCUGAGUGGUGGCGCCUGGCCGUGCACGUGCUGGCUGUGUACAAGCAGCGCGCGUGGCCUGUGCGCCGCGGUGGCCAGGAGGCCUGGGUGCCCCGCGCUGACCUGGCCUGCGGCUGCCUGCGCCUGCACCCGGGGGUCGACUACCUGCUGCUGGGCAGUGCUGCGGCCAGCCCCGACCCUGCGCGCCUCGUCCUGGACCGCCACGGCCUCGCGCUGCCCUGGAGGCCACACUGGGCCCGGCUGCUGCGGCGCCUACAGCAGAAGGAGCGCGGUGGCGCCUGCCGCGGCCUACGGCCUCCCACACCCAGCCGACCCAGUCGCUAA